AUGCUGCCCCCGCACGGAGGGACCGGGCCGGCCAGGCCGGGGGAGCGCGGCCCUCCGCGGGUUCGUCAGAGAGCGCGGGCCGGCUCCGGGCCGCUACCGCACAUCCUCCGGCGGCUUCCUGCGGCGGGCGGCGGGCCGCGGCGCUCCUCCCCUUCCUCCGGCCCGCAGCCCUCCUCUCGCCGCCGGGACGCGGCUCUCCUCCCCGCCGCGGCCCCGCUCCGAGCGCGCCGCGUGGCUUCCUGCCGCCCGGGGGGGGAGGGGGCGGCCGCAGACGCGGACCCGCGGCCCGCCCCGCGCGAGGGGCCCCGCGGCGGCCGGGCGAGGCCCAGACGGCCCCGCGUCCCCCCGCCCUGCUUCGCGCUCUACCUGGAGACCAGCGCCAGACGCAUCUCGCUCGGAACCGGCCCGCAGGCGAGCCCCGGGCGGAGGGCCGGCUCGGCGGCGGCGGGAGAGGAAGGACGAGCGGGAUCGGCCCCUCCGCGACGGGCGGGCGCGGGCCGUCCCACCGCUCCGCACCAGCACCGGGAGCGCGGGCUCGGUCUGCGCCCCGCUCGCCCAAGAUGGGGCUCAAGUUCUGCCGCGCUGCAUGCCGGGAGCGCACCCCGCCCCCCCACGCUCGCCGCGAUGACGUCACGCACCGCCUGGGCAUUCGUCCCAGAGGGGGAGGGGCCGGGUCGCGGGCGGGGCGGGCGCCUCGGCCUCGCGGCGACUCAGGCUCCCCCCCCCGGCCCUCCGCAGCGCGGCGCCCCCUACCGGCGCGGAGGCCCAUCUGUCCCUUCUGUGCGUUUGCGGCAAUAUUUUCCAGCGUGGUGCAGUACCGAAUACUUCUCUAGCUUCAGCGGAGAUUACUGCCUCUGCACUAGCGAUCUAAGAGCAAAUGAGCUGUUAGAAAUUAGCUGUGUUAGAAGAGUUUACGCGUGCCUGGCUGAGCCCGGUGUGUUUGUUAGGCUCAGGCUUGCGGAUGGCCUCAGCCCCAGGCAGACGCAUUCCCUUUGUUCAGUUUGAGGUCCUCACCACCUGCGAGCCCCAGCUCGGGAAACACAGGGAAGGGUGCUCGGAUCAGUGCCCAUCCGCGCUGUUGGCAUGCUCUGAUCAUAUACACAGCAUGACAGAACCUCCGUGAAGUGACCUCUGAACCUCCCGGCAGUUCCCUACAGCAGCUGCACAGGAACGCAUCCUGGUGGGUUUGGAUAUCUCCAGAGAAGGAGACUCCACGCCUCUCUGGGUGGCCUGUGCCAUGGCUCUGCCACCCAACGGCCCUAUAUUCCAGGCCCUUGCAACCUCCACCAACAAACGUUCUGUUGACCUUUGUCAUCUCUUGCCCCUCCUCACUCCUCUGGGAGGAGUUCUGCCCAUGACCACCCCGGGGCUCCAUUUCUUUGCAUGCUGCCAUCGCUUUCACCACCUGGUGCGGAGGCCCCACUACCUCCAUAGGCAGCUGGCAGCGUCACUUGACCAAAUGUAGGAGAUGACCAGCGGUUUUCCCCCAUCAGGUCCGUGUUUCACAGUCAGUGUCCUUGCAGAUUUUAAACCCCACAUUUGCAGCAUCUUCUGGGCAGAGGACCACUCCUGCACUGCAGUUUCAUACAGUCCCUGAGCCUCAGGGUCUGCCCCCUCUGCAAAGCACUCUGUGCGGCGCUGCCUCGCGAUGUCUGUGUGCAGCAUCCCGGGUCUCCCUGUCUGUGUGCAUGAACUGUGCCAAGACUGUUUUCUUCUCUGCUGAGCACUUUGUCUUCUGCCUAGCUUUUUUUUGUGCUGUAAACCUCAUUCUCCAUUCUGCUUUUCUUUGUACUUGAUCCUCCUUCAUUAUUUCCUGCCUUCAUAUCCUUCCAAACCUGCUUUCUAGAGUUUCUUUGUUCUGCAUAUGUUAGAAUCUGAUGGGCUGACAGUGCUGCACCCUUUUUCCUUUUUCCUCCUUGCUGAUUCUGAAUUCCUGUCUGAGCUCCAUUUCUAAUUCUUGGCUCUCCUUCUGAUAGACAGGAACUUUCACUCCUGGUGAAGAUGUGUUCUGCCAGGCAACGCUUUCUGGAACAGCUUCCAUCAGGUGAAUUUACAUAUGUUGCCAUUUAAGGAUCAUGCAAAAGGCAUGUAUCUUCCACAAAACUCAGAAGAUAACAGAAGACCAAAAAACAAGUUCCUCUGCAAUAGACUCAGACACAGACCACAAGUAUGUAUUCAAUAAAAAUGGUACUAAAAUGUUCUGUUUGCUUGUUCACAUGAUUUUAAAUGGGCGAAAGGCAGUCCGUCUCCCUGAUCGUAGAUGGAGGUCAUGUAUCGCCCAGGCAGUUACACGAGCUGUACGCUGAAAACCCUAAAAUCUUACAGAGGUCACACAGACGUGCACACUUGCAGAUCUUUAGAUGUAUGCACGAGUGUGUAAAAACAAGUAAGCAUGCUCAUAGGUGUAUAUGUAAAUCUAGAAUUUUGAAGAUCCCCAGUGAUAACAUUAAAAUACAAUACUAUUAAAAGAAAGCUCUAGGAAUUACCAAAGGGAGUCAGCCAAUUUAUUGGUAUACAGGGUUCAUGGGUUCAAAUUUCUUAGCCUUUAAUAACAUUAGGUGAUUAUUGUUGAAGAUUAGUGGGGAAGCAGUGUGAUCUAACAAAUAGGGCAUUUACACAAGCAAUGAAAUACUGUUUUUGUUGUAGUCAGUAGGAAAAGUUCAGGAGACCUGUUUUUUAACCUCAGUCUUACACCUGGGUUGGUAUUUUCCUGCAGAAUGACACCUCAGUGCUCGGCGGGUGCUGUGACACUCUGAGAAAAGUGUUCAUUGUCUUCUGUGUAGAAAAUAGUAGGCACUAAACACAGCAACUAA